AGAUCAUCCUCUACGUCCCUCGACAUCGCAACCCCUCGUUCAAAAUGGCGACUCGAAGCGCAGCUCUCAAGCUUGACUGGACCAAGGUCACCAGCUCCCUCGGUCUCCGUGGCCAGACCGUCGCCUCCCUCCAGGCCUUCAAGAAGCGCAACGAGGACGUCCGCCGCAAGGUCCAGCAGCUCAACGAGCAGCCCACCACCGUCGACUUCGCCCAGUACCGAUCCGUCCUCAAGAACCAGGCCAUCAUCGAUGAGAUCGAGAAGCGAUUCAAGGCUUUCACCCCCGUCACCUACGAUGUCAGCCGACAGCUGAAGGCCAUCGACGCCUUCGAGGCUGAGGCCGUCAAGAACGCCGAGGCCACCAAGCAGGCUGUCGACCUCGAGCUUAAGGACCUUGCCGCCACCCUCAAGAACAUCGAGGAGGCCCGACCAUUCGAGGACCUCACUGUCGACGAGGUUGCCGCCGCCGAGAAGUCGAUCGACGAGAAGACCGCUCAGCUCGUUUCCAAGGGCCGAUGGAUGGUGCCGGGUUACAAGGAGAAGUUUGGCGACCUGGCCAUGGUUUAAUCGAAUUACGCAUUCCGGAUCCCGGCUUCGCGUUGUGUACUCUAGCAUUGUAGAUACGAGAACCCGAGGCAGAACCCAGGUUUUCCUCAUACCCAACCACCUACAACAUUUCCUGUGUGCUUCACGCAACUUGCUUCACUAUUGGGCCCGUUCCAGCUAUGUGGUUAUGGGAGCCCAAGGCAACGAGGGCGGACAAUGCUAUAACAUGAUUCCCGUUUCAAGUUCAA